AGCACAAAAGUCAGCAGUCGAGCGACGAUCAGAGCAGUUAAAUUGGCGCCCGCCAUUUAGGAUAUAUGUAACCGAGUCACUCACUCACUCACUCCAUCUCACGAAAAGUUUCUCGCUGGUUAUAAGUUGAUCCAAGUAAUAUCGAUGGCGUUUAACGACUUUUUCGCCGGAGAAAUAGCGGCGGAACUUCUAAAACAAUUAAUCUCCAUCUCACGCAAGUCCUGCCUCUGCAAAUCCAGUGCGGACAAUCUCAUCACAAGCAUCGAGGAACUCCUUCCCAUCAUCAAUGAAAUCAAGUACUCCGGCGUCGAGCUCUCCGCCAUCCGUCAAUCUCAGCUCGACCGUUUCUCCGAGACUCUGCGUGGGGGCCUCGAAUUGGCCCGCAGAGUCCUGGCUUCCGGCCGUUGGAACGUCUACAAGAACCUCCAGCUGGCCAGGAAGAUGGAGAAGUUAGAGAAACAGGUUUCGAGGUUCGUUAGCGGACCGAUGCAGGCUCACUUGUUGGCCGACGUUCACCACAUGCGGUUCGAAACGAUGGAGCGGUUCGACCGGUUGGAAGGUCGGUUGGAGCAGAGGCUCAAUUCGAUGAAGAUCGGAGCGGGAGGGUGGGUGGAAGAAGCGGUUAAGAGAAUGGAAGUUGAAGAGGAGGCUAGUUUGGGAAUUAUCGGUGGAGUUGGCUUGGAUUUAGGGAAAAGUAAGGUGAAAAAGAUGAUAAUUGGAAAAGAGGAUUUAAACGUUGUUGGAAUUUGCGGUAUUGGAGGAUCAGGGAAAACUACGUUGGCCAAUGAAAUUUGUAAAGAUAAUCAAGUUCGAAGUCACUUCAACGACAGAAUUUUGUUUUUAACCGUAUCACAAUCACCGGAUGUGCAACAGUUAAGAGCAAGAAUAUGGGGAUUUCUUACAGGAAACGAGGCCAUGGGUUACACCAGUAACAUGUUUGUUCCACAAGGAAACGUACAGUGUGAGUGGGGAAGUGGACCGCGAACUCUGGUUGUUUUGGACGAUGUCUGGUCCCUUUCAGUGCUUGAACAACUUAUAUUUAGGAUCCCAACAUAUAAAACUUUGGUCGUUUCAAGAUUUAAGUUCCCAGCAAAUGUUGUCGAUGAAGUUUAUAAAGUAGAGCUGUUGAGGGAAGAUGAAUCGAUAUCCCUGUUUUGUCACUCUGCUUUCGGGCAGACAUCCAUCCCCCCUACUGCCAAUGAGACUUUGGUCAAGCAGAUUGUUAAUGAAUGUAAAGGACUUCCUCUGGCACUUAAAGUAAUCGGAGCUUCACUGCGAGACCAACCUGAAAUGUAUUGGGCUAGUGCUAAGAAAAGGUUAUUACGAGGAGAACCGAUAUGCGAGUCCCACGAAAACAAGCUACUGGAGCGGAUGGCAAUAAGCGUGGAAUAUUUGAACAAGAAGGUUAAGGAAUGUUUCUUGGAUUUGGGAUCAUUUCCAGAAGAUAAGAAAAUCCCCCUCGAUGUUCUCAUUAAUAUGUGGGUUGAGAUACAUGACAUUGAUGAGGAGGAAGCUUUUGCCAUUCUUGUUGAGCUUGCCGAUAAGAACCUUCUCACCCUGGUGAAAGACGCACGGGUUGGGGAUUCAUACAGUAGUUUUUAUGAAAUUUGUGUUACACAACACGAUGUGCUGAGAGACCUUGCUCUUCAUCUAAGCAAUCGAGGGGAAGUGAAUGAGCGGAAGCGGUUGCUUAUGCCCAGAAGAGAUGCUGAACUCCCGAGAGAGUGGGAAAGGAACACAGAUCAACUGUUCAAUGCUCAGAUAGUUUCAGUUCAUACAGGAGAAAUGAGGGAAAUGGACUGGUUUCGCAUGGAGUUCCCCAAGGCUGAAGUACUCAUACUGAAUUUUUCCUCCGAUGAAUACUUCUUGCCUCCUUUCAUAGACGACAUGCCCAAGCUUAGGGCACUCAUUGUCAUCAACUAUGGUACAACACAGGCGAUACUUCAUAAUUUUACAGUCUUCACCAAUCUGGCAAAUUUAAGGAGCCUAUGGCUUGAAAAAGUAUGGGUUCCUCAAUUUACCAACCCCACUGUUCCCCUGAAGAACUUGCAGAAACUAUCUAUGGUUCUUUGCAAGGUUAAUAACAGCUUUAAUCCAUCAGUGCUGGUCCUGUCCCUGAUCUUCCCUCAUUUAUCGGAACUCAUAAUGGAUCAUUGCGAUGACUUAGUUAAGUUGCCGGGGAACAUUUGUGAGGUGAAUUCACUCCAGAGCCUGAGCAUAACCAACUGCCACCGAAUAUGCGAAAUGCCUUCCAAUUUGGGUAUGCUCAAGAAACUACAGAUACUUAGGUUGUACGCUUGUCCGGAGCUAAAGAUGCUCCCUCCCAGCAUUGGCGAGCUUAAUGGGUUAAAAUACCUUGAUAUUUCACAGUGCGUUAACUUGAGGUGUCUACCUAGGGAAAUCGGUAAAUUAGGCAGCCUGGAAAAGAUGGACAUGAGGGAAUGCUCACAGAUUAUGAGACUACCAACACAAACCGCCUUAUCAAACUUGAAGUCGCUGCGGCGAGUUAUCUGUGACGAUGAAGUUUCUUGGCAGUGGAGAUACCUGGAGAAAGCCAUGCCAGACCUUUAUGUUCAAGUUGCAGAGAAAUGGUACAGUCUGGACUGGCUUGAUGGCUGAAAGUAACAACUGGUGCAUAUCAUAUGUACCCCUAAUGUGCAUAAUUUUAAUAAAAUCAAAUCUUUCUAUUAUUCGCUUCUGUCCUCUUGAUGUGAGAUAGUUCACUCGACAUUUUAGCCAUGAAUAUAUUUCAGUCAAGUCCAGGCCAAAA